UCAAAGCAGCAGCAGCAGCAGCAGCAGCAGCAGCAGUGCUUUCCCACCCAGAACCUGAGCAGUAUCCCUGUAAGUGGAGUGGACUCAAGGUUUUCGCCACUUCCCGAGGAGCAUCCUUUAAUUUUUCUAGGUUUGGCAUGUUGUAAACAUUUUUUGGAGUGACAUUUUCCUUUUUUCCCCCUGAGAGGAUUAUUGUGUUUUGAUCUGGAGGUGUCUUCUUACUUUUUGGAUAUGUUAGCCAGCAUCAUGAAGACAACAUGGGUGGCUGAUGUCUUGUUGUUGACUAAUUAGCUUUUAACUGAGUGUCAGUUUUGUUCACUAACUUAUGAAUUUACUGACAAACUGGUACUUCUCUUUAAUGUUUUUCUGGCUGUUUUUUGCUGACUGCUUAGUUUGCUGGCUGAGAAACCAGUCUUCUCUUUUGUUCACUGAAUGACUGACUGGCUGUGGUGUUUAUUGUCUGGCUGACAAAUUGCUAUUUGGUUCAUUAAACACAGGCUAACUGCUGAUGUUAUUGACUGACUGGCUGACUGAGCUACUUGCUAUUUAAUUCCCUGACUGGCUGCCUUAGUUAUUUCACCUGUGCCUGCUGCAUAGCUGAUUAUUUCAUACGCAGGCUUACUAGUUUGCUGACUGGCUGGGAGUGGCAUCAUCAUUGUCACACUCUGGCUCUGUGAUUGUUUGGAUUUGGAGGAUGUGUGAUGGAGAAGAGGAGAGGCUCGACAUAAGAAAAUUCAAAGAAGGAAAGAUCUAGGAGCAGGAAGCAGAAGAGAGAAGAUAGGAGGAAGAAACCUCACAGGAGAAAAUUGGAUUUUGGAGCAAAAGGAAGGGAGAUUGUCUGGGAAGGAAGGGUGACGAGAGGAGGCGUGGCAGCGGAGAGAGAGAGAUAGAGCAGCGAGAGAGAGAAGGGGAGGAGAGUGGAUGCAACCCACACCCUGAGAUGCUGUGCUGGCUGAGAGAAGACGAGAUGUCGGUCCAGGAGCUGCUACAGAGGGUGCAGUGUGUCAUCACUCAUGUUGAUGAGAUCAUGCAGCAGGAUAUCAGGCCCCUGCUGGCUGUGGACAUCAUAGAGCAGCUUCAUCGCCAGUUUGCCUUGCUCUCAGGAGGGCGAGGGAAAGAUGGCGCCCCCAUCAUUAUCUUCCCAGAGUACUCAGGCUUCAGCGAAGUGCCAGAGGAAGACUUCCUCAAUGUUGCCACCUACUUGACCAGCAUACCCAGUCUGGAUGCUGCCAGUAUCGGCUUCAUUAUCAUCAUCGACCGGCGAAAGGACAAAUGGAGCUCAGUGAAGGCCUCUCUAUCCAGGAUCGCUGGGGCGUUUCCAGGAAACCUGCAGCUGGUGUUAGUGCUGAGGCCAUCAAGGUUCUUCCAGAGGGCUAUAGCAGACAUUGGGAUCAAGCUGCACAAGGAUGACUUUAAAAUGAAGGUACCGAUUGUGAUGUUAAACUCUCUGUCGGACCUGCACUGUUAUGUGGAUAAAGGCCAGCUGACCCGGGAGCUAGGAGGAAGCCUGGAAUACUGUCACAGCCAGUGGAUCCACCACCGAACCGCUAUAGAGAACUUUGCCAUGACAGUGAAAAGCACAGCCCAGAUGUUACAGAAGUUUGGGACAGACCUGGCAGAGACAGAGCUGCCCAAUGAUGUCCAGUGCACCAAAGACCUGCUCACCUCACACACCAACAAACACGACAACCUGAAGGAUGAACUGAAGCUUGCUUUGAAGCAGGGCACUACCUUGUUAGGUUGUAUCAAGGAGCAGGCAGCCAAGUCAGAGAACCACAAACUCAACCCAGAUGAGCUGGAGAACCAAACCACUGUGGAAAGACUCCUAGCCCAGCUGGAUGAGACAGAGAACGCCUUUGAACAGUUCUGGUGUAAACACCAUCUGAAACUGGAGCAGUGCCUGCAGCUACGCCACUUUGAACAAGACUUCAGAGAGGUCAAAGUGUCUCUGGAUAGUUUGAUGGACAGUCUAACCAACCUAUCAGAUAUUGGCGAUUGUGUAAUCAGAGUUGAACACCUGCUGAAGGAACUGAAAGCACUGGAGGAGAAGGCUCUGCCCACACUAGAAAAGGCCCAGCUCCAUGCACUGCACGGUGACCAGCUGAUCCAGAGCAAUCACUACGCUGUGGACUCUAUUCGACCCAAAUGUGUGGAGCUCCGACGGGUCUGUGACGACUUCAGCAAUGAGUCCAAGAAAAAGACGGAUGUCUUGUCCAAAUCCCUGCAGAUACACAUGGGAAUUGAUAAGGUAAACCAGUGGUGUGAGUCUGGCAUCUACCUGCUGGCCUCCCAGGCUGUGGAUAAAUGUCAGUCACAGGAAGGGGCAGAGUCAGCACUGACUGACAUUGAACACUUUCUGGAGUCGGCAGAAAAGAACCAACUGACUGAACUGAGGAACCUUCAUAACCAGUAUGAGGUUGUCCUGUCCGAGGAUAUCAAGGCCAAUGUCCUGAAGGCACUGAAGCGCCUGGAGGAUGUCCAGGAGAUGUUUCAGAAGCGACACGUCAGUCUGAAGAGGCUGUCAGCUAAACAGACGAGGCCCGUCCAGCCUGUUGCCCCUCGGCCUGAGUCCUCUCCCAAACGGCCUUCGCUGAAGAACCCUCCCAGGACUACAGGGAGCCAGCAGCCUCUGGCUCGCAGAACUUCCGAUAACUCCAACAGUGGCAAGCAGCCAGCUGAAGCUGAUCCCAGCAAGAGGAAGAACAUACGCAAAGCCAAAGGAGGCAUCAAGAUCGAGGUGAUGCAUGAGGAAAGCCAAGGAGGCUCCACCCAUGUGGUUGUGAACAAUGAGACAGAGGAGAGUCUAUCCAACAGACGCAGACACAUCAUGACUGAGCUGAUUGAAACAGAGAGGCUAUACGUGGAGGAACUUCAAAGCAUCAUGGAGGGUUAUUUUGCAGAGCUGGAUAACUCAGAGCUCAGCCAUCUCAUCCCCCCAUCCCUGGAGAACAAAAGGGAUGUGCUGUUUGGCAACCUGCCAGAGAUAUAUGAAUUUCACAAUAGGACAUUUCUGAGGGAGCUGGAGGACUGUGUAGAGAAACCAGAACUGGUGGGAACCUGUUUUCUGAAAAGGAAAGAAGAGCUUCAGGUGUAUGAGAAGUACUGUCAGAAUAAACCCCGCUCUGAAGUCCUUUGGAGACAGUGUGGAGACAGCCUCUUCUUUCAGGAAUGCCAGAAGAAACUGGACCACAAACUGUCUCUGGAUGCCUACCUGCUGAAGCCUGUCCAGAGGAUCACCAAAUACCAACUCAUGCUCAAGGAGAUGCUGAAAUGCAGUAAGGGGGAGUGGACGGCUGAGUUGGAGGAGGCUUUAACCACAAUGCUGGACAUCAUCAAGUCUGUCAAUGACUCCAUGCACCAAAUAGCCAUCACUGGCUUUGAGGGUAACCUGAGUGAACUGGGGAAACUACUGAUGCAGGGAUCCUUUAAUGUGUGGACUGAUCACAAGAAAGGCCACAGCAAGGUGAAGGACCUGGCCAGGUUUAAGCCCAUGCAAAGGCACCUGUUCCUGUAUGACAAGAUGAUGCUGUUUUGUAAGAAACGUGAGGAGACCACAGAUGGACACGAGAAGACCCCAUCCUACAGCUUCAAACACUCGCUCAAGAUGAGUGCUGUGGGGAUAACAGAGAAUGUCAAAGGUGACAUCAAGAAGUUUGAGGUGUGGUACAAUGGCAGAGAGGAGGUUUACAUCAUCCAGGCUCCCUCCAUGGAUGUGAAAAAUAUGUGGGUGUCAGAGAUUCGUAAAGUUCUUACAGGCCAGCUAGAGGCAUGCAGAGAAGCCAGCCAGCUAAACAUCUACGGGGCCCCCAUGAGGAAUGUGCGUAAGAUGGCACUGAGACAGUCCGAUUCAUCGAGUCCAGAGUCAGGCUUCAGGAGGACCAACCCCAGCCCUAAUAUGAGGCAGAAGAGGGUUGAUGCUUCAGCCAGCCAAUCAGGCCACUCGGCUGCUAACGCUAGGAAACGCUUCACCUUGCAGGGACUUUCCAACAGGAGGUCUCUUCCAGCAGAGCCUGCUGCUAAGGAGGCAGAGGUCACCCGCCGCUUCUCUCUCACCUCCUCUCUUGCCUCCUCUUCCUCCUCCUCUUUUGCUACACGGCGCACUAAAGGUCCCCUGUCUGCUAGCAUAAAGAGCAAGAGACAUGAGAUAAAGAGUGAUCCUACUCCAUUUGGUUAUGAAGAUACUUUGCGUGGUGCUAUGGCUGCAGUCAGGAAACGUCAGAGCAUGACUAGCAGCACUGCUACUGCUGCUGGCAACAACUCAGCUGUCCCUAGAUCCACCUCCCAACCAGGCUGGGCGCCACGGCGUCUCCCUUCCAUGGAAACAGAUGACUUUGAGACGAUCCCGUCCAGUGCAGAGGAAUCUUCCAACUCUUCAGAAGAGGAAGGCAAUAAUAAAAAUGGUGACAGUGGUCGUUACCGGGUGCAGCUGACCUAUGAGUCUCGUGAAGCUCGAGACCUCUCUCUCGAGACGGGUGACCUGGUCCAGUUUCUGGAGGAAGCGGAGACCGGACACUGAUAUCUUCAGUGAUCUGUGUACAGCAGCACUCUCUGACUUGGAUGAAAAUGAAGCCAGUAUGUGGGGAGAUGUGUCUCAGGAUAGCAGAUAAACAUGGCUGACUAUUGUAGUUCAUUACAUUGGACUACAAACAUGUUUGUUGGAUCACAAACAUGUUUUUUCAACUGUAAUUUCCUAAGCUGGACUUUAAAUAUCAAUGACUAUUAGUUUUCUACUUGUAGUUCUUCAUGUUGGACUACAAGUAUGGCCUGAUAUUGUUUUGCAGCUUUGGUUUUUCAUGUCUGACACAUUAAAGCUUCUCAGUGAAGUCUCUAGAAAAAGUUGGAACCUUAACAUGCCCGAAUGCUACAGUGGGAAAGCUAUAUAAGACUUUUAAUUCUGGAAGUACCUGCUGUCAUCUGUGGAGAGCUGAAGAUUGCAUGGAUGUGGACAAUGGACUUUACAUCCUAAGUUGGAUUAAUUCAGACUUUGUACUGCACGGACUGGGCUGAAUCCCUGAAAAUUCAAAUCCUAUUUCUGACUUGGAUAAUCUUAGAGAAUGUGAUGAAUUCCAAGUGUUGGUUGUGAGCAGGCUUUGGCAAGGUGCCCUGUUUUGCUGCUACACUGCUCUGAAGCAAAACUCUUUCAGACCAGGUUCUGCCUCUGCUGCCCUCCUUCAGCCGCUUCGACUUUUCAGGUUCAAACUACAGACAUGUCAACAUAGCUGCAGUCUCCAACAGAACCUACACGUUGUCUUACUGCCUUCCUUCACCCUAAAACAGCGCCCUCAUAAUACAUUACAUUAUAGAUAAAGAAAAAUUUCUCUCAAAUUUGGGCACAAAUUACUUAAAAUCUGUGUUAGUGAGCACUUCUCCUUUGCCAAGAUAAUCAAUCCACCUGACAGCUGUGGCAUAUCAAGAUGCUGAUUAAACAGCAUCUUUACUUAACAGUUGUGCCUUGGUAUUGUCACAAUAAUAGGCCACUCUAAAAUGUGCACUUUGAUCACACAGCAGGAUGGCACAGAUGUCCUAAGUUUUAAGGGAGCGUGCCAUUGGCAUGCUGACUGCAGGAAUGUCCACCAGAGCUUUUGCCUGUGAACUGAAUGUUCAUUUCUCUACCAUAAGCUGACUCCAAUGCCAUUUCCCUGAAUUUGGCAGUACAUCUUAACAUCCAAAAGUCGGUUGCAAUGACUGCCAGGUCAAGACCCUGGUGAGAACAGUGAGCAUGCAGAUGAGCUUCCCUGAGAUGGUUUUUGACAGUUUCUGCAGAAAUUUUUCAGUAGUGCAAACCAAUUAUUGUAUCAGCUGUCCUGGUGGCUGGUCUGAGACAAUGUUGCAGGUGAACAUGCUAGAUGUGAAAGUCUUGAGCUGCUGUAGCUACAUGUGGUCAGAGGUUGUUCAGCUGGUUGGAUGUACUGCCAAAUUCACAGAAACGAAAUUGAUGAUGUAGUGACAUGAACAUUCAUUUUGGUAGGUGUAAAAACCUAGGUUCCUUUUUUUUUUUUUCUUUAAAAUGCAUGUCACUUUUCUAAAUUUGGAUGUUUUUGUAGUCAGUGAAUGUCACACAGGGGGAGCUCUCUGUGAGUUCUUCUUAUUCCUUAGCUGCACUUUGUUAGUGGCGGGGUAGGUAAUUGAUCUGUCAGUCUGUUUAGAAGUGAUCUGAUCUAGACCCAGUUUAGACCCAGGCUAAUGAACAGUUAAGUUUCACUUUCAAUGCACUUGACAUUCUGCCAAGUAUGGCACUCUAAGAGUGUGCUCUGUGCUCAGACAGUGUCGUGCUGUAAAUAAGCAAACAUAUGUAUAUUUCCACAGUGCUCCCUAAUGUACGUUCAAAAAAUAGCCCCAAAACAGCUCGAAAAAUAGAAAUCGAUUUGUGGCAGCUGAUGUUUUGACAAAUAAAUGAAUGACUAUCCCAAGGCGCACCUGUGUAAUAAUGAUGCUGUUUAUCAGCAUCUUAAUGGAUUACCUUGAAAAGAAGAGGUGCUCACUGACACAGAUUUAACAAAUUCGUGACCAACAUUUUGGAGAAAUAUAUCUAUUGGGUGCACAGACAAGUAUUACAUGUUAAACCUGUGAAAAAUGUCACUUGGGGGCAGAAAUGAACUGAUAAAAAUUAAAAAUGAAAUGGCUAACAUGUUAGCAAACAUAUCUGUCACACAUGGACAUACAUUGGAAUUGCUUUGGAGUCCUGUUUCUGGCAACCUGAUGUCAAACAUUAACUCUCCCCCUAGCUUUUGGUCUCCACCAACUUUUGACAAAUAUAACUAGUUGAAUUUUUUGUGUCUUGACCAGCUAGUUGCUAACUUUGUCUGUCUGCCUUCUGCUGCCAGGACAGGUACUGUGCAUCUUGUGUAAGGUAGCUUUCUGCUGUGUCCAGAAACAAGGUUGAUGAGACUUGUGAGACCAGACAGUGAGUGAAGGCCAUAAAACCAAAACAACAGCUAAAUGAGCGUCAUCGCGCUGAGUGUAACUGCAGAGUACUGUGACACUUCUCAGUGGAAUUGUCACUACAAGCUACUCUGUUCACAUUACACAUAGUGAGUUAUUGUGCAUGUAAAAAUGCAUUGAUUGGUGCCGCUUUAAAAAAAACAAAGUUUACUGUGACAGUUCACUAUUUGCAACAAUUGAGAAAAUCUCAUUUCAAAGGAAUUGUCUUCAUCAGCUAAUGACAGUUUAAUUAUUUUCCAAAAGAAAAUUAAUUUGAGAAAUAAAUCAGUCAUAAUGUGUUUAUUUGUUAUACAUGCACAGUGAAUAGCAGACAGAAGAAGCUAAGUGGGUUUUGAUGGAAAUUAAGCAUUACUGUAGCACAUCCCUUCUUUAGAUGAAUGGGGCAGUGGUGUAAAUAAAGUUUCAGGAAACAAAUUUAUCUCAGUGACACGCUAUGCUACUUGGACUCAUCUCUAUGUGAUGAGGUUUUUACUAGCAAGCUUUUUGAGACAUUUCACACUGCAUGCCAGAUGCUAUCUAUAGGCAGUACAUUUCAAGCAUUAUGUACAGUAACUCAAUUGAUAUGCUAUUCAGGUAAUCAGAAAUCUAGAUAUGAGUUAGCAAUGAUGUUGAUCAAUGUGUACACUUAAUAUCAUUGUGAGUAAGCUCAUUUUCCAUGGAUAAUUUUCACAAUAUUCAUGCACACAGAUCUCUUCAUGUCCUGUUGAUUUAUCUCUGCAUCCAUACAGCAUCAGCUCAUGGUUAGCCAUGGUUCAUAGCUCAUGGCUGGCACUUGUUCAGACACAUACUUGAUCACAGACCAGAUUGAUUGUAUUCUAACCCUUGAAAUUCCUUAAGGAUUUGAACCUUAGGUCAUUUUGCAGAAUCCAAGCAAUAGCUCAGCUUUGCAACAGCGUUAUCAGAACCAUGAGAGUCCACACCAGUGUUUUUGUGACUGCAAUAUUAGCAUUUGUUAGGCUUUUGUGAGCAGUGCCACCAUCAAUCAGGAAGGCUGUAAAGCAGCAAAGUAACUGGCUGUUUGCUGCAGGUGAUCUUUCAGGUAAAUGCUAUUUUAGCAAGCAGCACCUGGGCUGUUUCCUAAUAUUAGCUGUAUAGGUUUCACCUUUUGAGAGAGGAAAAUAGCACUGUACACUGAAGGUUCAUUCAUGGAGAGGGCAGGGAGGAGAUUUGACUAAAUGUAAAUAAUCAUCAGUGGUAGUCUGAUAUUGCAUAUUAUUUGGUAUAAAGUUCCAUUUUCUGUAUAACUGCUGUAUUGUUGUACACCGUUCUCCCUCAGAGACUUUUCGGGAAUUGUAUUGCAUUUCUACUGACAGACUGUAUUCUAUGGAAUAUUGACUGAGAAACCAAAACAUCACCACUGUAUUUACAGUCACGUCACAGGAAGGUUAAUUUACAUUUACUCUGUAACUUACUGGAAAUGGAAAGAAGAAACCAAAAGGAUAUCAAAAGACUAAAUAUCCACUUGAUGACUGAAUACAUGCCAGAAUUUAAGACAUUGUUACUGGGAUCAGCCUUUUCAAAUAAGUCAGAGGUUAAGCACACUAAAAAAAAGGAUGGCUGGAUGGAUGGAUGGAUGGAUGGAUGGAUAAUCCAUAGAUGCAUAGGUUGAUGGUGGAUGGAUGGAUGGAUGGAUGGAUGGAUGGAUAAUCCAUAGAUGCAUAGGUUGAUGGUGGAUGGAUGGCUGGCUGGCUGGCUGGCUGGCUGGAUGGAUGGAUGGAUGGAUGGAUGGAUGGAUGGAUGGAUGGAUGGAUGGAUGGAUAGGUGCAAUAGACAGAUGAGUGAAUGAAUGACUGAAUGAAAGGAUAGAGAGAUGUUGGAUGGCUAGAUAGACAGAUAUUUUGACACUGUAACUGGGUUACCAUCUGCAAAAGACAGCAGAACUCUGUUAAAAAUCAUACAUGAAUAUUAGUCUGAUUGUAAAGAUACACAGUCCUCUUAAACAUGCUGUAUAUUUUGUUCAUCCUAUGCUACAUGAAAAAUAUUGUAUCUUUGUAAAGAAAUAUUUCUAUUGUACUGCAUCCUGCUGGAAUUUUGUCAUUUUACUAGAAUGUAUCAAGUCUGUAUAUUGUAAAACCUGUCAUUGUAAUGUACAUAUUGAUUUAUUGUCAUAAUAUGCAUUUACAAUAUGGAUUUUGUCAUGCUCCUUUUUUUGUUUUUUUGUUUGUUUUUUGUAUUUUGAACUUAGUCCAUUAUUCCAAACAUAAAAAUGCAUGCAAGACCAACAUUUGAUACCCAGAGGAGCCUGAUUUCAAAUAAAGA